AUGCCGGGCAGUGAUCAUCCUGCUCACCUUUACUCUGGGCCCGGAGACGUCUGUACUAGAAGAAAAUACAAAGCUGUCAAAUCCUGUCUGGAGUGUCUGAAUUCUAACUGUUAAAAUCACCUUGAUCAAUAUUUUCAAUUUUUUUUUCAGGUUAAUGGGCACAAUCUGAUGGAUCCAACUAGAGUCAAUGAGAUGAUCUGCCCAAGACAUAUACAAAUUCUGGAAGUUUACUGCCGUACAGACCAGAAAUGCAUUUGUUAUCCAUGUAUGUUGGACGAACAUAGAAAUCAUGAAAUUGUAACAAUUCAAGCAGAGUGGAUUGAGCAGCAGAUGCAUUUGAGAGAAACACAAUUGAAAGUUCAGCAGAGAAUCCAUGAGAGAGAGAAUGAGCUUCAGGAGCUGAGAGGGGCUAUAAGGUCUCAUAGGAGAUCUGCACAAACAGCAGCGGAAAACAGUGUGAGGUUCUUUAAUGAGCUGAUCCGCUCCAUUGAGAGACGUCGCUCUGAGGUUACACAGCUGAUCAGAGAUCAGGAAAACACUGCAGUGAAUCAAGCUGAAGGACUUAUUAGGCAACUAGAGGAGGAGAUUUCUAAUCUAAGGGGGAGAAAUGAUGAGCUUCAGCAGCUUUCAUAUACAAGCAAUCUCAUCCAAUUCCUGCAGAAUUUCCAGUCUCUGUCUGCAGCUCCUGAAUCUAAAGUCUCACACAACAUUACUGACAGCUCUCAGUUCUCUUUUGAUGGUGUGGGAAGAUCUUUCUCUGAGCUGAAAGAAAAAAUAGAGGAUUUAUGUACAGAAGAGAUAGAAAAGAUAUCUGAUAGAGUUUCAAAUAUAACAGUUGUUCGCCCCAAUGUACCCAGGACCAGGAAGGAGUUCUUACAAUAUUUCAGGAAUUUCACUCUGGAUUCAAACACAGUGAAUCAUAACCUCAAUCUGUCUGAUGGGAACAGAGUGGCUACUUACACUAAUACAAACCAACCGUAUCCUAAUCAUCCAGAAAGAUUUGAUUAUUGUCCUCAGGUGUUGUGUAAAGAGAGUGUGACUGGGCGCUGUUACUGGGAGGUUGAGUGGAGUGGGAGUAAUGGUGUAUAUAUAUCAAUGUCAUAUAAGACCAUCAGCAGGAAGAAUUGUGAAAAUGAGUCUUUACUUGGACAAAAUGAUCAGUCCUGUGGAGUCUUCUGCUGCCCCUAUAGUAACUUUCCCUUUCAAAUCCACGUAGCUGAUUUUAGAGCGGGCACUGUAAGUACAGAAUUCUAUCCCAUGGGAAACCCACAUGUGCGCAAUAGUCAAACAAAUAAAGUCCCUGUGUCUUCCAGUUGCCCUAGAAUAGGAGUGUUUGUGGAUCACAGUGCAGGAACUCUGUCCUUCUACAACGUCUCUGACACAAUGCCCAUUAUCACCAGAGUCCCGGCCACAUUCACUCAACCUCUCUAUCCUGGGUUUUAUGUUUUUAAAGGAUCCACAGUAAAGCUGCGUCAUCACACAGAAUAGAUCAUACAGAGAUCAUACAGAUAAUACUGUUAUAUUUAGUAACCUUUGGAAAUGAUUUUACAUUUUGUAAAAAAAACAAGAACUGGUAACAUAAGAUAGUUGGUUUACAUUGAUUUGAUUGUUUAAUUGUAUAGUAGGUGUGUCGAAGUAUAUAUUCCAUGCACAUUGAUUAAAAUUUGGGGGGGCAACCUUUAGCUACUUACAUUACAAGUUAAACUCUUAAAACUGUAUUUAAAGUAAUCGUUUUAGUUAUUUUAACAUUGUGCAGAUAUUAAGUUCAUCAGUGACAUCUGAAAGACCUGUCAUUAAUAGAACCCUUCCUCUGUUCCCUUCUGUGGCCAGGUUUUACCUAUUUUUUUUUUAAGGGGUCAUAUAUGAUGGUUUUAAAAACAAACAUUAUUUUGUGUAUUUGUUGUAACACUGUGUUCAGUGCCGGUUUACCCAUAGAUGGGAUUGUGCUGCAUCAAGGGCUACAGACUGCAACCAAAUGGAGUUUUUGACACAGUGCGGGCAGGUUUUUACAAGUGCUCGCGAAUGUGCGAGCACCUGUGAUAAAAAUACAGAAUUACCACCAAAUUACAUUAACAUUAACACCAUUAAAAGGACACUUCACCCAUUUGCAUUAAGCUUUGUUUAGUUAGAACCCCAGUCAUGUUUUUGAAUUGUCGUGCAUCUUUUCCUCAGUUGCACUGAGGAAUCUGAAAUACAGAUUUCAGUGUUGCACUUCCCUCUUUCAAUGAUGUAAAAAUCAUCAUUUUGCAUCAUUAUUCCAAAGCAGGAAGUCCAAUAUCUUUGUUGAGGGGGUGAGACUACAAACACCCCUUUUCUCGGUCAAAUAGGCACCAAAUUCGAAAUGUAUGUUACAUUUCCACUACAAAUAUGACGCACUUUCAAUAAAGAUUAAUGUUUUUGCAGGUGAAAUGCUCCUUUAACUGUAAUAUUAUAUUAACACCAAAAAGAUUAUGAGAAUAAAGGUUUUAGACAUGAGGUAAAUUGGAUAAAAGAAGAGAAACGUAUAAAGGAUACAAGUAUGUAUAUUGCCAUGCUACUCAUCUUAUUACAAUAUGCAUAUUGUAUAUAACUUAUUGUAUAUGUAUGUAUCUUAUGCCUAGAAUUAGUGAAGAGGAUUGUAUGAUUCUUUGGUUCAUAACUUCCUAUUCUGUAAUUUUAUAAAUUGUGCAUAAUGACAUGUGCAGCAAGUGCAUAAAAUUAAGUCUAUUUAUUAUUUUUCAGUAAUGCAGUUAUUUAGGGGGAAAAAAAUAUGACUAGACUUUAAAAAAAAAUUGUGGGGCGGGUGGCACUUCACAUGUGGUCACCCUAAGGAACUACACUGUGUUGUUUCGGUCCUGUAUGUAUGAGAACACUAUUUUUCACACACCGUACAUUAUUGUAUCUCCUGUCUAUACCCAAUCUUUCUAAAACGCAUUGAUUUGUUACAAAGCAGAGGCACUGAAAGAGAGUUGCUUGAUGAAAUUGCUUUAUGAAACAGCAAUGGCAGAUCAUGGAAGUUCCCAGAAGUUACUUAUGUCUAAGAUCGGAGGUGUCUAUCAACAUUUAGUGAAUGUACACUUAAACAUUGAAUUCUGUUGUCAUAUUAUUGAACCCAUUGUACCACUUGCAAUGAAACAUUUAAUAUGAUGCCAAACAAGACCAGAUUUAGAUUUUCUGUGCAUGUAGAAUGUAGCAUUUCAUAUACAGUUUGCUUUGAGAGAAUGAGGAGAGGGAGAGACGAGAAAGAGAGGGAGAAAGGUUUUAGAUGUUAAUUUAUACAGGAAUUAAAUGUUUUAGAAAAUGGCUCCCUGUGGAUCCAGUCAUUUGGUGUCAGGAUAUGAAAUCUAUCUAUUAUUCUUAUAGUCACUUUUAUUUGAAAUAUAAUAUGUUGUAUCAAAUAUAAUAAAUAAUCAUAAUUUUAAAUAA